AUAUGCAUAAUAUGUACUGGAUUGCAAGUAAUGACAUUUUUCUCCCACGACAAAAUAUAGAACAUGGUCAUAUUGAUAACUUAAACCCAUGCUAGCUCUUUUCUUUUAAAUCAAGCAUAUAUUCAAGAUUCAUCACUCAACAUUCAAACUCAAAAAAAAUAUAGAUAAGUGUCACAACUGCAAAAUGCAGACAACAAUUUUAUUGAUCUUAUUCUUCUUUGUGCUUCCAUUGGCAGUCGGUGAUGAUCUAAGGGUUGGGUUCUAUAGCUCAAGCUGUCCAAGAGCAGAGAUGAUUGUCCAUCAAGUUGUUGAGAGGAAUUUUAUCCAAGACGGAUCCAUAACUGCUGCCCUGCUACGUAUGCACUUCCAUGACUGCUUUGUCAGAGGGUGUGAUGCAUCCAUUUUAAUAGAUUCAAAAAAGGGUAAUCAAUCAGAGAAAGAAUCUGUAGCAAAUCGGACAGUUAGAGGAUUCAACCUCAUUGAUGAAAUAAAAAAAGUCCUGGAAAAUGCAUGUCUGGCAACAGUUUCUUGUGCAGACAUAAUUGCAUUAGCAACAAGAGAUUCUGUUGCUUUAGCUGGUGGACCAAGCUACAAUGUGCCUACAGGAAGACGGGACGGAUUAGUUUCAAGCAUUAAUGAAGUAAAACUUCCAACACCAGAGAUCUCUGUUUCAGAUGCAUUCAAAAUUUUCAAUUCCAAAGGCAUGACAAUGGAAGAGAUGGUUACUCUACUUGGAGCUCACACCGUUGGUAUCACGCAUUGUAGCUUCAUUGAAAGUAGGAUUAAAAAUGAAAGUUUCUCAAUGGAUGGUGAUUUGAGAAAUAAAUUAUUUGAAGUUUGUGGCAUUAAAGAGAGAGAUCCAACAGUGGUUUUGGAUCAGAAGACACCAUUUGUGUUUGACAAUGAAUUUUACAAUGAAAUUCUUUUGAGGAGAGGAGUGCUAUCGAUUGAUCAAAAUCUGGCUCUGGAUUCUAUCUCAAAAGAAGUGGUAACAAGUUUGGCUGCUAAUGGAGUGAGCUUUAGGGAGAAAUUUGUUGGUGCAGUAGUCAAGAUGGGAAAAAUUGAUGUGUUGACGGGAAAUGAAGGGGAAAUUAGAAAAAAUUGCAGAGUUUUUAACUCGUAAAGUAGACAAUAAAAAAUCUCAAAUAAUGCUUUUAUCUCGUAUGUGUGUGGCGUGGUUAUGAUGUUGAUUUUGGUCUCUUUGCAAGAUCCAUUAUUAUUAUGUGUAUGUUUGCAUUAUAGCUCUAUUAGAGGGUUAUUUCCUUAUAUUACGUAUUAAUCUUGGAUAUUUUCUUUAUUGAUA